AUGUCACUCAGUACACGAGACUCCGCACAAGACUACUGGACGAAUAUGGGUACGGGAAACAUGGAUCUAGACAAUCACCUGUCCGAGGAUCAAAAAUACUCUUCCACAACAUGCGUCUUUCCAGACACCGCCCACACUUCCACUACACGUGAAUCGAGCAGUCCCAUUCUCCCAGAAUCGGGCGUCAUCGACAUUGGAAUUAAUUCGGCCGGCUUACCCAGUCAUGACCAGCUUGUCGAUUCCAACCAUGUCGACACCACUGGUUGGUACACUCACUACGAUAACUGCGUGCAAUUCUUCAUCAACACGAGCCAGCACACCCCGGCUGUGCAAGGCAUCGCCGCUUUUCUCAAUAUCCGUCUGCCAUAUCAGCGCUCGUUCUCAGCUCUGUCUCAAGACCAGCAGGAUUUCUCCUCUUCCGAAACUCAUCAGCCCAAUCGACCCUAUGUUUCAUUACGCCCGUACAUGCGACGAAUGAUCGUCACAGCCCAGGAUACUCCACCGACCAUGAGUGCUUUUUUUGGACCAGACUGGCCCGCCGGCGUCGGCAUUAUCCUCAAACAGGAGCGUUUGAAUUAUCUCUUCACUGCGAAAAGUGGCGGAUGGGCACAGACCAAGGCUGCCUAUGAUAUCCUGCCCGAUGAGCAGACACCCUUUCUACGACCUCUACGGGACCCGAAAGAGGAGGAGCUCCGAGUUGCUGAGGCUAGGUGGAGUGAAUGGCUUGCAAUGGAGGACUGGAUGGUCGGUGCCAGAAGUCCAUGGUGA